ACAUCCAAUCCCAUUUCUCCCUCAGUUUCUUUCAACCCUUCCAAACCACAAACAAACGGGAGUUCGAACGGCCACUCAAAUGUGACUGCCGCCCAUAGUCUGAUCCUGGCUUGCUUUUCCUGCUUUGCGCACCUCCCAUCGCAUGUCAGGACUGCCGGACAUCAACGACCCAACAGCGAUAGCAGUCUGGAACAGAGCUGCUGCUCGUCUCGUUCGGGAGACCUUGGAGAGAAUCAUGACUUCGUCUGCGUCAACGGCCACCCCAAUGAAGCAUGCCUUCGAGAGGCGUGUUCAGGACGUUCAGUCGCCCAAGAGCGAUAUCAACGCCCUGAUCCUCGACUACCUAACUAUGGAAGGCUAUCCUAAUGCUGCCGCAAAAUUCAGCAAGGAAGCCAAUAUGCAACCCCACCAAAUUGACGAGACGAUCAAGGUUCGUCAGCAGAUUCAAAAGUCAAUCCACACCGGAAGCAUUCAGUCCGCUAUCGAGGCGCUGAACGAUUUUGACACGGAGAUUCUGGACCAUGAUCCGACUUUGCACUUUGCUCUGCUCCGUCUACAGCUUGUCGAGCUGAUUCGUUCGUGCACAAACACACCUGGCGGUGAUAUCACUCCCGCCUUGACCUUCGCCACAAAUCACCUUGGUCCUCGGGCGCCAACAGAUUCCCGUUUCCUCAAGGAUCUCGAAGAGACUAUGGCAUUGUUGAUCUUCCCUCACAAUGACCUCGAGCCUCAGUUGGCAGCCAUUUUGCACCCAGACCUGAGACGGGAUGUGGCAGACCAUGUCAACAAGGCCAUCUUGCAGCGUCAAUCUGAGCGUAGGGAAGCGGCGAUUCGACAGCUAGUCAAGAUGCGGGCAUGGGCCGAGUCGACUGCACGAGCUGAGAAAAAGGCUCUUCCUGAACGAAUCGGGCUCGGUUUGAAUGGAGACGAGAGCGAUGGGCACGACCAAAUGCAGCUGUCCUAGUACGAUGAAGCACGAGCAUGCUGCAGGAAAGAGAACAAGCACUCGUGUGGAUGCAACAGGAUGCUGUGUAUGUUUUUUCAAAGGAAUCACGGCCUGAGUAACUGGCCUCGGAUAGCGCAUGGAGUUACAGAGCAAGGUUUGAUUUAGGGACAUGGACAACAGGAUUGUAGGUAUUCUGCAGGCGUUGGGCAUUCGGUCAAGACUGAGUUGAUUAUGGUACAUGCAUUUCAUCGCGGGUGUACCGCAUCGGGUCAAACAGAAGACCGACACGAGUAGAAACAAUACCGCUCGGAUUUUUCACUACCUUAUUUCUCAACCUUUCUAGUGACACCGCGAUCUGUCGUUAUUCGAUCUGGCUCUUUUCGGGCUUCCCCAUCAACGUUGAGUGGUUAGUUGAGCGAACUGUCUAACGGUGGCCCGGCUAUCCAAUCAGCAUGCAAACAAGUUCGCUUACAACUGAACAGCCGUAUAGACGUUCAAAAGCUCAACAUCGUU